GAAGGAUGAGCCAUAUCGGCAGCGUUUUCUUGGGUGACGUGCAGCGCCAACGCGUCUUGUCUUCUUCGACCCCGCCGACUUCCCCUCUCCCGUCCCAGUCGCCACCUCCCCGAGGUUUCCCUACCUUUCCUGAACAUCCUUCGGAGACUGAGGAGGAGCCACCGGCUCGCCCUGUUACAAUUGAACCGGCCCAGUCUCUAGAGCUACGCAUACGAUGGCUGGAAGCGCUGCUAUAUGGAGUACGCCAGGACGCAUUGAAUCGUAAGGGAAAAGAGAAGGGCAUCGAUCUGAAGAAGGGGGAGACCCUUGCCCGGCGAGCUGAGGAGGCACAGGCAAAACUGGAUGCGGUCGUCGAGGGGAACGAUGGGCUGAAGAGGUUUAUGGAGCACUACGACCAGUAUGCUCAGUUCCUGAGCCCAUCGUUCGCCCUGUCGGGUACUAUACCCAUAAACCCGCCCUCCUAUGAGAACAUGUCACCGAGCGAACUGGAGGCAUUCCUUUCCGAAAUGGAGCCCGAGAUUCGCUCUGCUGACCGCGAUAUGCGGGAGAUUGAAAUAUUAGAGAAGAAAGGCGUCACAGGUGCUGGAAAGCUAGCAGGUUACCAAGCCCUUCAGCCCCGUCUGGACGCGUUGAUUAAGGCGCACGAAGAGGACGUGAAGAUGGCUCAUGACCUUGAACGUCGCGUUGCAAAGUUGAUGGAGAGAUAUGCUUCCCAUGUCGAUGCCCUGUCUGAGUUGUUCGUUGAUUGGAACGAUACUAUCACCGAAGCCGAGAUCAGAGUGACCAAGCUGGAGCGGGAGCGAGAAGAGAAGAGACGCUUGGGUUUUGAAUGAUAUAUUGCAAAGUGGUGAUUGCAGAAUGCAGAGCCUGACGUCCGGCAAUGAUCCACCGGGCCGACCAGGUUCCUGGUAGCAGGUCGUGAUUAUUCACAUCACCACCUCCCGCCAUUCGACGCCCAUUGACAGCAAUCCCGUUGGCCCUGGUUUCUAGCAAAAGGUUGCAGCUCACGUCAUUCCCAUGGAGGUCGGCGACUUCGCCGAAGACAAACCUAGUGAAGAAGUCCAAUCAGGCUUCCACUGGAAUGGGCUAUGUCCUCAGCGACGAUCAGGAUGGAUGGGGGCAUGAUACAAUAUUUUCAUAGGACAUAUGAAGGACAGAGAUCCAAGAUAUAACACGACAGGGUAACAUCCCGCCAUUGCAUCUAUCGCAAGGCCGAGCGCUAAUUAACUAGUAGAAUGUCACAAUCCACCAAGACCAAGGACAAAGGAAUGUUCUCUUAAGUUAUUACACAAAAAGUCGGUGAGUGUAGAGAUAAGAAUAAGAAUGAGAAAGCGAGGCAAGUCGAUACAGAACGGAGAGGAACGGAACGAGCGAGGGACGACAGGUGCGGCGGACAGUAAUAGAGAGAUCGAAAUGACAGGAGGACCAACGGAUGGUAGAGGCGUAGGCAAGUCAGAAAUUCAAAUGAGGGUGUUAGUGAGCCAGAGCAGUGCGAGUCGUGUUCAAUCCCGGGCGACCCAAUCAGUACUGCGUGAGACCAGCUCAAUUGAGUUGUCGCUCGUCCAGAAGAGACGCUCAGUAGCACUACGGCCAGUCCAGCUCUUUUGGUCGCGGAGUAUCAUUGCCUGUUGGGCACCGAAAUUCCGCUGGUCGUGGGCAAACAGUUCAACAUUGUCUUCCAAGGCUUCGUGGAGAAGCUGCAUAUCUUGUAGGAUAGCCUGGAUAGUGCGCACGGUAGCAAGAGUCAAUAUUUCCUUCCGGUUGCGGAUCGUACUCGCUCCGCUGGUAGGCGGUGGAAGGGAUUGCGUGACAUUUUGCAGAACAGUAUGCAGGAUGCGCUUUGUCUCACUCAUGAUCUUCAUGGCUUGAGGAUAGUUCUUGCGGGACACAAGGACUAGAGCCCGAGUGAUCAUAUCUGACGCCAGUAACUCCAUGCGACGCCGCACGAUUACAGGAUCAGAGCCACUGGACGGUGUCCUUGGACGACUGCCGGAAGGGGGCAGGAGCGUGACGGUAAGGAGGACGGGAUGCGCCAAGCGUGAAACGUGCUUGGUAGCCUGAGGAUCAAAGAACGACCCGUCAACCUCGAAGACCGGCACCUCGUCGAUCAUACGAUCCAUCAUGCCGUCUGCGAGGUCGAGGGGAUCUUCAAUAGACAACGACUCCAGACCCAUGCGGGCAUUGAACUGGUCUGUCGCAUUCAUCGACCGAUUGUUGUUGCUAUGCGUGAGUCUGGACUGCGUCAAGUCUGUGUUGUCGAGCUCCAGCUCGACCAGCAUCUCCUUCUUCUCGCCGUACCGCAACUCUCCGACUUCGACGUCGACGUCGCGGCCGUCAGAGGAUAGAAUGGCAGUAGGCCCACCGGAGACCUUGCGUAUGCGGAACCGGUGUCCGUCCAGGAUCUUCAUGUGCAGCUUCAUGUUGAGCAGCCCGAUGGACAUCAUGCCGCCGAUGCAUCCAGCGACGCAGUCACGCAGGUCGUACCAGUCUUUGACAUAGACGUAGGUCCCACUGGUAUGGUUAGAGAUCAACCAAAGGGAAGCAGGAUCGUGUGAUCGACCAUAGCCGAAGGAGUGGAUGGGAGCAUUGGCAGCCUCCGCUCGGGCAAGUACGAGGUCCAUCUGGGCACGACGCGUACUUUCCGACGAGUCGCUCACCAGUAGCAUCCCCGUAAUGGGAUUGCGAGCCUUGCGUUGCAACACAAUGUCGAGGCCAUGGUUAACCGCGGUCACGACAUCCGUCUUCUCAUCUUUAUUUCCGCGAACCAAGAACUCAUCCUCGUACUCCGCUUCCUCCUGCCUCCGCAUUCCAAUCUCAUCCACGAACUUUGUAAGCCUCGCGCGGCUUUGAGCCCGCCCAACACACAAGAACGGUGUCUUCCUAACCCGCCCACCCAUGCCGACCUCAAACGUCACCAAGCCCAACCUGUCCUUGGCGCCUAAGGAGCCGAUAACAAAGUCUAGGGUAUUCUUGAUCACGCGGAUCUUCAGCUGGGCGGUGCUGGGGACGGAGUUGGGCGAUGGGAGGGAGAUGACGAGGAUGAGAUCCAGAGGCGGGUGAGGAAGGGGUGUCAGGGAAUUCGAGGGACCAGACGAGAGAUGCGGGGUGACGAGAUUCGAAUGAGGGUCGAACCGGCUCGCCUCGUCGUCGGCCUCCUCUAGCGUCGACAGCUUAUGCUGCAGGGCCCCCCUGGCCGUUCCAACACCAACACCCAUCGACCCAUGCGACGUGCUGCUCGACAUCGU